AUGGACAUAGGGAACAACGUGGAAGAGCACCAAGAAUAUAUUUCUGGGCCAUACAUUGCAUUAAUUAAUGGCACAACUCAACAAAGAGAACCGAACAAAAAGUUGAAAAACAUAAUAGUUGCAACAUUAAUUGCAAUAUUUAUUGUUUUGGUCGUCACUAUAUCUUUGUAUAUUACCAAUAAUACUAGCGACAAGGUGGAUGAUUUUUCACCAGGGAAUUCUGUUGAUCCAACAACUAAAGAAUACAGGAAAAGCUUCGAAGAGUUUAAAAAAAAAUAUCAUAAGAUUUACGCUUCAAAGGAGGAGGAAGAUCGAAGGUUUGAGAUUUAUAAACAGAAUAUGAACUUUAUUAAAAUUACCAAUAAUCAGGGGUUUAGUUAUCUCUUAGAGAUGAACGAAUUUGGUGAUUUGUCAAAGGAGGAAUUUAUGUCAAGGUUCACAGGAUACAGAAAAGAUUUGGAUGAUAAUGAGGGGAGGUUUAAAGCAAGUAGAGUGUCAGCUAUUGAAUUUGAGGAAGAUUUUGCUAUUCCAGAUUCAGUCAAUUGGGUGGAAGCUGGGUGUGUCAACCCAAUAAGAAACCAAAAGAAUUGUGGAUCUUGUUGGGCUUUCUCUGCAGUUGCAGCAUUAGAGGGAGCUAUAUGCGCCCAAACAAAUCAGGGAUUACCAAGCUUGAGUGAACAACAAUUGGUUGAUUGCAGCAAAAAAAACGGCAACUUUGGAUGCAGUGGAGGAACAAUGGGAUUGGCUUUUCAGUAUGCAAUCAAGAAUAAGUACUUAUGUACUAAUGAUGAUUACCCUUAUUAUGCUGAGGAAAACAUAUGUAGGGAGUCACUUUGUGAGAAUUAUGUCGAAGUUCCAGUAAAAGCUUACAGGUAUGUAUUUCCAAGAAAUGUUAAUUCAUUAAAGAGUGCUUUAGCUAGAUAUGGACCAAUUUCUGUUGCAAUUCAGGCUGACCAAACCCCUUUCCAGUUUUAUAAGAGUGGAGUAUUUGAUGCUCCUUGCGGGACUAGGGUUAAUCAUGGUGUUGUUUUAGUUGGAUAUGAUAUAGAUGAGAAUACUAAUAAAGAAUAUUGGCUUGUGAGAAACAGUUGGGGUGAGAAGUGGGGAGAAAAAGGAUACAUUAAGCUAGCUCUUCAUUCUGGUAAGAAAGGAACUUGUGGGAUAUUGGUUGAACCUGUAUAUCCAGUGAUUAGUCAAUCUAUUUAA